AUGUCCAACUCCAGCCACUCAGCUCAUCCGCCGCCCGCUGGUCAUCAGAACGGCGCUCCCCCGCCCCCUAACGGUCAGACUCCCUCUGUUCCGACGUCGCAAUCCACUGGGGGGGCCGGCAGCGACAGUGCUUUGGAACUGAUGCAGCGUCUGACCUCUCAGCUGGACGGCAUGAACAAGAAUCUUGCCCGUCACGCACAAGCUUUCGAAGCCCAGCGCGUCCUUGAUGAGAAGUAUCAGCAGCAGGUUGCGGCGCAGACGGCGGACCUGCAUGCCGUCGAUACUCGCAUGACCAAUCUCUCUCAGACUUAUUCGUUUGAGAUCGAUCAAGUCAAGACGGCUCUUCAAGACAGUUUUGGCGACCUUCGCAAGACGCUCAACAACAAUGCGUCGAAUGCCACGAAACGCCACAAUGCGCUCAUGUUGUCUCUCCGCGAAGCCGUGCCGGCCAUGCAACCGGGUAUCGUGGCCAGUCACUAA